AUGCAACUUCUCUCGCUUUCUCUUUCGCUUUCUUGCUCUCUUACCAUCGUGUUGGCCCUGGUCGGGCUGGUCCAGUGCCAGUCAAUCGAUCCGGGCAGAGCAGAGAAGUUCUUCCAUGAAGGGCACGCGUUACAUUCUAGGGCCAACAGCCAUGCUGAUGCUGCUGCGUUUGAAGGCAAGACAGAAGCGAUUAUCAACUACAAGCAAGCGCUUGAUAGCAUGGGAGGACAACAUGCGGCGACACAGUAUUACCUUGGAACAUGUCAGCUCGAUUCAGGAAAGUUUGAAGAAGGCGUGAAGAACGUAGCUGCUGCAUUGAAAGCUGAGCCAGACACGUUUGGUCCUGAGGCAUUCCAAAGGCUCACAGCAGGUCAACAAUCUGUCGACAUGAUAUGCAGACAGGAGCCUCGUGCCCUAGUCACGGCAUGGGACGACGUGUUUGAUCGCGGCUUCCUGCCCACUCUGACAGCUGCUGCAACUGCAUUGCAAAGAGAACAGCAUAAGGAGAACGCCCCUCGGACGCUAUGGUUCCCUGCUGAAGACAUCUUGAAGGUCGGACGGAAGUUCGAAGAGCCGAAUGAGAGGGUUCAAGCGAUGAAAGAGCAUCCAUUACAUGUCGCCGUGUAUCACCUGUACAAACUCCUCUCUCAGACAGAAGAUUCAAACCGGGAGAUUCCUGGAGGGGCUGCGAGUUGUGGGUACGGAGGCGAG